CACCAAAAAAAAAAAUUAAAGAGAGAGAGAGAAAGGAAGGCGAUUGGAUAACACAUACAUACUCCGCCGUAGAAGGCCAAACCCUAAAAUCUAUUAUUACCUCUGACCACUUGUGUGUUGGUGUAAGAAAGGCAUUUGCUUCGGAGGGUCGAAACCCGAAUCUGAGACUUACCGAGUUCGAUCCGGAUUUUAUUGGUGUUCAAACUCAAUCCAUCCAAGUGAAGUGAAGCGAAGCGAAGCUCUCGGAUAACUAACACAGGUAAUUCCAUAAAGUUUUUUUUUUCAAUUAAUUGUUUCCAUAGUUACUUAGAUUUGAAUCGGCAGGUUUAGAUCUAGAGAAGCUUUGUGUGUUCAGAGAUUUGGUAGGUAGGGGAACACAUCUUUUUGGCUUUACAGUUUUGGGAUGAUGAUGGGUGGAGGGAGUGCUGCUUUGUAAUAAAUUUGAAUUAGGUAAAAGAGUUGGAAAAUAAAGAGAAUCAAAAAUGUCGUUCAAGAGUCUGAUUCGGGGAGAGAUAGGGAGUAUAUCAAGAAGAAAAGGAUUCGGGUUUGGGAGAUCAAGGUCUCAGCGUGUGGUUCAGGAUUCUUUUCUUGUUCCCGUCGAUGCUUUCAAGCAGAGCUGCUGGGCUACUAUGCCCCCUGAGCUCCUCAGGGAUGUUCUCAUCCGUAUUGAGGCUUCCGAAGACACUUGGCCCUCUCGCAAGAAUGUUGUUUCCUGCGCUGGUGUCUGCCGCAACUGGCGUGAUCUCGUCAAAGAGAUCGUCCAAGUUCCUCAACUUUCCUCCAAAUUCACUUUCCCUAUCUCCCUCAAACAGCCUGGUCCUAGGGGAUCCCUUGUUCAAUGCUAUAUCAUCCGAAACCGCACUAAUCAAACUUACCAUCUCUACCUCGGCCUUAACCAAGCAGCAGCAGCUGCUGCUUCUAAUGAUGAUGGAAAGUUCCUUCUUGCUGCCAAGAGGUUUCGGAGGCCUACUUGCACUGACUACAUCAUCUCCUUAAACUCUGAUGAUGUCUCCAGAGGAAGCACUUCCUACAUCGGAAAGCUAAGGUCUAACUUUCUUGGGACCAAGUUCACUGUCUACGAUGCUCAGCCCACCAAUCCUGGAGCUCAGGUUACCAGAACCCGUUCUUCCAGACUUCUCUCUUUGAAACAAGUGACCCCCAGAGUUCCAUCUGGCAACUACCCUGUCGCACAUAUCUCCUAUGAGCUUAACGUCUUGGGCUCCAGAGGACCGAGGAGGAUGCAGUGUGUAAUGGAUGCCAUCCCUGCAUCAGCAGUAGAACCUGGAGGUACAGCUCCUACUCAGACGGAACUACUCCACACCAAUCUCGAUAUGUUCCCCUCCUUCUCCUUCUUCAGGUCUAAAUCAGUUCGUUCAGAGAGUCUUCCAACUUCGUCGACGUCUGGUCCUGCUCAGAAGGAAGGGCUGCUUGUCCUCAAGAACAAAGCCCCCAGAUGGCACGAACAGCUCCAGUGCUGGUGCCUCAACUUCAAUGGGAGAGUCACUGUUGCUUCCGUCAAAAACUUCCAGCUCGUAGCAGCUCCUGAGAACGGACCUGCUGGACCUGAGCACGAAAACGUGAUUCUCCAGUUUGGGAAAGUCGGCAAAGAUGUGUUCACAAUGGAUUUUCAGUACCCUAUCUCUGCCUUCCAGGCCUUCACCAUUUGCCUUAGCAGCUUCGACACCAAGAUAGCAUGUGAAUGAACGAACCCACCCGCAGGCAGGCGCAGGGUUAUUAAGUUGUAUCAUCAUGUUGAACGAUGGGUUUGCUUUUGCCUCUCAUUGUCUAAGAAGUGUGUGUGUGUGUACUGUACAUAUAGUUUCAAAAGUAUUGGCAAAGUCCAUACAAGGAGAGAGAGAGAAAGAGAGACUCAAAAAGAUGACAGUAGACUGUGUUUGUUUGUUGUUAUUCCGUUGUAUCUUUAAUGAUUGUAGUUCCAGACUAUGUUUUCAUCUUUCUGAUAAUUUAAUCCCAACGUUUUUUUUU